AUGGCGGAUCCGGGCUCGAGCGAGGCGCAAGGCGAGGCGGGUUUGAAGGAGCGCGGCAACGCGGAGUUUAAGGCGAAGAACUUCCUCAAGGCGGCGGCGCUCUACACGCAGGCCAUUAAAGAGGCGCCUGACAACCACGCGCUCUACAGCAAUCGGUCGGCGGCGUUCCUGCAGCUGUCGAAGCUCACCAAGGCGCUGGCGGACGCGGAGGCCGCCAUCCGCCUCAACCCCGCGUGGGAGAAGGUGAGCCGUCGCGGAACUCGCGGGGAUCCACGGGGUUUCGCUUCCGCUUCUGCCGCCCGCAAUUGGAAACUCACUCACGCGCGCUCUCGCGUGCGUUGCGAUGUGCGUGGUGGCGUGGUGGCGUGGUGGCGUGGUGGUGUGGUGGGAUGUGGUGGUGUGGUGGGAUGUGGUGGUGUGGUGGGAUGUGGUGGUGUGGUCGCUACGACGAGGCGUUGGAGGCGUUCAGGGAGGCGGCGGAGAGGAGCCCCGGCAGUGCGGAGACGGCGGGCAAGCUGCGCCUGCUCUCCAAGCUGGCGCGCGACCACAAGCGAUCGCAACCCUCCUCGUGACCCGCGCCCUCCAUGCCGUCAUGGCACGUCCUGUGUAGUGUAA